UUAUUAGUUUGCUUUUCAAUUUCGAAGUGUCAAUCGUGUUUUAUUUAAUCUUGAUUUAAAUCAAAAUGUUUAACCUCAGGCAAACGCGAAAAAGGGGGAAAAACUUUGCGCCUUCCGAGGAGCUCAUACUGCUAGAGCUCCUGGAACCCUAUAGGCACAUCAUCAACAACAAGAACUCCGAUGCGUCCACUUCCCAGUUGAAAAAGGAAACCUGGGAGAAGUUGGCCCUCCAGUUCUGCAGCCAAACGGGCUCGAAACGCACCUGGAGAACCCUCAAGGAUAAGUACAAGAACAUGAACACCAAGCUCAAGACCGCGGGCUCAAUGAUUCCCUGCUAUCCCUAUUCGGAAGAGUUCGAUCCAGUCAGCAGCUGUGUUUCUGUGGUUUAUGAGGACACCGAUCCAGACAACUCACUGGACAAUAAACAACAGGAUUAUCGAGCCGACAUUAUUGAAAGCCCAAUUUUUAAAGCAGAACCAAUCAAUGAGGAACCGUUUCAGGAAAUUCCAGUGGAAAAUCCACCAGAGCCCGAAACCCAGUUCAUAAAGAAAAACUUACCAAGGAGAUUUGUUAUAAGUAAGCCAAACAAGAAGAGAUUACUGGAAGAUGAACAAAUUGCGUUGAUACGACUUCAACAGCGGUUCUAUUACAACGAAAACAUAAGAUCUGGGGAGAAACAUCGCCUGGAGCUGCGGUCAAUUAAUCUGAAGAACGAGCUCAUGGAACUAGAGCUUGAGGAAAAGCGUCGUCUCCUUGGAAAAGAUGAUUAAAUUAAAGAACAAGCUGGCCACUCCAGAUAACAAAGAACUAGUUGAUAUAGUUGUUAUACCCAUUGUAUUUGAGUAGUCGAAAGUACAUGCACACACAGAAUACAAGACAUUCAGUUACACAUAGUAGAUAAGUUUAGGCUUAGGUCUAGACUAAAUUAAAACAUGAAAUGGCA